AUGGAUUCGGCGCUGACGCUCAAUGCAGCUGAAUACGAUCCCAUCGACCAUCUCAACGCCAUCUUCUCCCACCCCGCCACGCUCGCCUCCGUCUCGGCCACGUCCGAGGCCCUUCGCAGCUACCAAGAUGAUCUCGACGAGGAUAUCGCAGCCGUCAUCGCGUCACAGUCCAGCUCAGAUGCAGACAGCGUGCAGCGCAUACAGUCGGCAAAGGCUGAGCUGGCCGACCUCUUCAAGAGGAUCGAGAGCGUCAGGGAGCGGGCCAUGCAGACGGAGCAGACCAUCACCGAGAUGACUGCGGACAUAAAGCGCUUGGAUAGCACAAAGAAGAACUUGACCCUCUCCAUGACGGCCUUGAAGCGGCUGCAGAUGUUGACGACGGCAUACGAACAACUGCGCAGUCUGAGCAAGUCGCGGCAGUAUAGAGAGUGCGCCCAGCUGCUGCAGGCGGUUCUACAACUCGUGGCCCACUUCAAGAGCUAUCGUUCAAUAGACCAGAUUGCUACCCUCAGUCGCAAUGUGGCGGAUGUGCAGGGCGAGUUGCUGGAGCAGGUCUGCGAAGACUUUGAGGUUACAUUCGCCAAAGGGGAAACGGCCCAGCGAAAGGCCAUGCUAGCAGAAGCUUGCCUCGUCAUCGAUGCGCUUGGCGAGCAUGCGCGGACACGGCUUAUAAAUUGGUACUGCAAUACGCAGCUUCGCGAGUACCGGCAGGUCUUCCGUGGCAAUGAUGAAGCUGGCUCCUUGGACAAUAUUGGACGGCGAUACAGUUGGUUCAACCGAAUGAUGAAGACUUAUGAUGUUGAGCAUGCCUCAAUCUUCCCAGCCUAUUGGCGCGUAAACGAGAUGCUGGCCAAUUCGUUUUGUGAAGGGACCCGUGAAGAUUUCAAGUCUAUACUGCAAAAAUCUGUGCGAAGAGGUGACAGUCAAAGUCUGGACGUCACACUCCUUCUUUCAUGUCUACAGGAAACACUUGAUUUCGAACAAGGCCUGGAACGGCGGUUCUCCAACGAGUCUCGCUCUUCCGUGGACACCAUGGCUUCCAAGGAAGAACGACCACAUGGCUUCAGCCAAGCCAUCUCUGAGGCUUUUGAGCCUUACAUGAGCCUCUGGGUAGAGUCUCAAGACAAACAAUUAGCAGCCUUGAUACCCAAGUAUCGGCAACAGCCUUUGCGAAAUUCAGAGGAGGAGUUCUCGCCUCAAGCAGUUAUACCGUCAUCGACCGAGUUGUUCAAUUUCUACCGCAUGACUCUGGCACAGUGUGCCAAACUCUCGACUGGAACAAGGCUUCAAGAGCUGUCUGUCACUUUUGCCAAAUACCUGGACCAGUAUGGGCAACAGGUACUCUACUACUUCCUCAGUGAGAAGUCGGGUGCCCAGGGACCGUCUAUUGAAGAUGCUGUUCUUAUCCUCAACACUGCAGACUACUGCUACGCCACUUGUAACCAACUAGAAGAGAAGAUAAAAGGCCGGAUAGAUGAGGAGUUUCGAGAAAAGGUCGAUCUACAGAGCCAAGCUGAUGCUUUCAUGGGCAUUGCCAGCGCGACGGUACGCAUGCUGGUCCGAAAGGUUGAGAUUGCAUGUGAGCCCAGCUGGCGUGAAAUGCGCAAUACGCCCUGGGCAAAACUUGAGAGCGUUGGCGACCAGAGCACAUAUGUUGCCGAGCUGCUCCGCAAUGUCAAGGAGAGAUCUGGUGAGAUUCUCAAAUACCUUCACAAGCAACAGUAUGCGCGAGCGUUCAGUGACAACCUGGUGGACUUAAUGGCAUCUGCAUACAUUGCCAACAUUGUGCAAUGCAAGCCAAUUUCUGAAGUAGGGGCAGAGCAGAUGCUGCUGGAUUCAUACGUCUUGAAGCAGGGGCUCACAGAGAUUCCCACGCUCAACGAUGAGCCAGGUACGGCGCCACCAGCAAGCUUUAUCAAACGUGUCAACCAAUCAACAGCAAAGAUUGACCCUCUGCUCAAGACGCUGCAAGUCCGCCCCUCACCACCCGAAGCCCUGGUACAAGCAUACCUCAUCCACAUUGCCGACAAAUCCGACACCAAUUUCCGCAAAGUACUGGAGCUCAAGGGGAUCCGCAAAGCCGAGCAAACCCAACUCUUGGAUCUCUUUGCUGCGUUCCGUGCAUCACCUAACCAUGCAAAUCUAGUGCAGAACUCGCCCUUUCUUACACCCUUGCUGGUUCAGAACAACACGGGUGUUGGCAGUGGAGCGGGAAGCGUCAUGGGUACACCGAGUCUCAGUGGAGGUCGGUUCGAUGCAGCAGGGCUCGGGAAUAUGCUUGUCAAUGCUGCGAGAGACGGGGUGGAUCGGUUUGGCAGCCCUGCGCCUGGGCAGCAGCAGAGUGGUAGUGGUGGGACUGAUGGCGGGGCGAACCUGGAGAGCAACCUGAAGAAUAUUGGCAAGUUUUUCAGGAGGGAUGUUGGAUUUAGGGGGUUUGGACGGAGUGAAGAUGCACGGUAG